UAGCUUUGCAAUGUAAAGGAGCCAGUCUGUACUGCAAUGUGUGAUCGAAUGUGAAGUGUGGGCCAGAAAAGUGAUAAAAUAGAUUUGUUUUUCUCCAUUAAAUCUUCCCAACUAAGCAAUAAACGUCCAUGACUGACUACCAGGAAGAACAGACAAAUGAAAUCGCUGCUUUGGAAUCGAUUUAUCCGGAGGAAUUCUCAGUGCUGUCGGAUGAUCCACAUAGCUUCCGCAUCACUGUGCGUUCAGAGGAUACCGGAAAUGAGGAAGAUGAGAUCUACAGUGCAACCCUCGAGUUUACCUACACACCAACCUACCCAGAUGAGGCCCCUCUAUACGAGGUGACAGAAGACGGGAAUGUGGAGGAGGAAGAUCGAGAUAAAAUCACAGAAAUACUGCAACAACAGAUUGAGGAGAAUCUGGGCAUGGCAAUGGUGUUCACACUCGUCUCAGCUACGCAGGAGUUCCUCAACAACAAAGUGGAUGAAGACCAAAGAGUUCAGAUGGAGGAGAAGAGACAACAAGAGGAAGAAGAAGACAGAGUAAAAGAGGAAGAGGCGCAGAAAUUAAAAGGGACACUUGUGACGAUUGAGUCAUUCCUGGCCUGGAAGGACAAGUUUGACCAGGAGAGGUUGAUGGCGAAAAAGAAGAAAACUACUGGAGAACAAACAAAGAAACUCUCGGGAAAGGAGCUGUUUGAGAAGGAUCAUAAUUUGUACGAGUCUGACAUGGCCCUGCUUGAUGAAAAUGACAGAGUGGAGGUUGACGAAUCGCUCUUCCAAGAGAUGGAUGACUUGGAUCUUGAACUUGAAGAUGAGGACUAGAUGGACACUGGGGCAAAGAUAUGGAACAUAGGCCUAAUCCUACACAAUUAAUUUAAAGCAAUCAUCUACUCACAUAAUUGUUAAUGGGAAACCACAGAUUUCUCUACUCAAAGCAGCAGCAUCGUGGUGUAAUUUUCCCCACAUGGGGGGGGGGGGGGGGGGAGGG